CACCUGAGCAGGGGCCGUCGGCUCCAGUCAGCGCCGGGCUUUGUGUGCGAGAGUCGGUGCGUGCGUGUCGGUGUGUGUGUGUGUGUGUUUGUGCGAGCGCUUUCGAUCACCAUGAGAGCCCUUCUGCUCGCGCUCUGUCUCGCCGGUGCCAGCGCCGCCAAGCUCCCCUCGUACCUGGGCCCGCAGUGCUCCCAGUCGGCUCCACCCGCGGAGCUGAGCGCCUGCGCGGAGCAACGCGCCAAGGCUGGCCUGCCGUACCUCGCCAAUGGCGACAAGAAGCUUCGGGUGCCCAGCAUGCGGCCGCUCGUCGUGCCCAAGAUGUCCCUGGCGCAGGGCACCCCCCAGGUCGGGCUCAACGUCACCUGGGAGCCGGCCGAGAUCUGGGGGCUGGACGAGAGCCGCGUCUUCAACAUGAGGAUGAACUACGCCAAGAGAACCAACGAGUUCGACGUCAUCAUUCCCCGCUUCACGCUUGCCGGGCUCUAUAAGUCAAAAGGACGCGUGCUGCUACUGCCUGUGUCGGGCAAUGGAAAAUCUAACGUCACCGUCACUAACCUAAAGGUCCACUACAAGUACGAGUUCCCCAGCAGGAAGGGCGCGGACGGCAAAGAGUACUUCGACAUCGUCAACACCGACAUCGCCAUCACCGGCGCUGAUCACAUGGUCGUGGACUUCGAGAACAUCUUCAACGGCGACCCCGUGAUUGGUCGCCAGAUAAACGUGUUCCUCAACGAGAAUUGGCGCGAGCUAAUCCGAGAGAUGGGCCCCGGCAUGGCGGAGGCGACCGGGCAGGUCGUGCUGCUCGUCGUCAAGGGACUCGCGAACCACGUCCCCGUCAACGAGAUGUUCGCGCCGUGAGGCGCCGGCUUGGCGAGGCACGUCCCCGUCAACAAGAUUGUGCGGGGUCGCGAAAUGGAGGGGGAUCUCCGACAACGCGAUUUUGUCGGUGGGCGGCGCGCGUGGCGCGCCGGUGUCCCCCUGAGUUCGCAAACCUGUUUUGCACACGCCGGAGGAUUUGUGGGAAAUGCGCGAGUCCCACGCGCACCCGUCAAUGCAAGAGCUUCCAGUGCCGUGACGCCCGCGAUGUCUAAAAAUGGGGCAAAGACGACCACCUUAUUGAGCGGAGCACUGGUAAAACAGGUGUGCAAAUAUUGCAAUUUUAAGUGUGUAACUGAUGAUUUUGCACACUACAUGGUGUUUAACUGAGCUGCACACUUAGUAGUGUGCAAAUAUUCAACAUUACUUAUCAAAACGUAAACAAAACGUCUACACCAAUUGACGACCAGUUCAGUUCGACAUCAUGUGUAGUGUUUGGUUUUUGCUCACUUGAUACUGUACAUCAUUUGGUGUGUGCAACUUUCUACUUUUGUUUUACCAGUAAGAGUGAAUUGGAGGCGGGUCCAAACAAAAGUCACAAGACUGCCGGAUGUAACGGACACUCGCCGGCUAGAUCCGGCUCCGACCAAUGUGUAUUUAUUAAGAAAAUGUAGAGGCGGCGUCCCUGGGACGCCUCCGGCUACUCCUACCUCUGUUCCUAUCACUGUACAUAGCUUUAAGCCCUAGGUUAUCAUGUUGUAAGUAAUUUCACGGACUGAUAUGCUCGGGUCUGAGCGGGCAACGUAGUCCUAGUUGUUGGUUUGUCUUCUCCAAUAAAAAGGAAAUGAGAGAAUCGAGA